AUGAAGUUCAAUUACACUAAUAUAAUAUUAUUUUCCCUUUCAUUAAAUAUAUUGUUAUUAUCAUCACGGGUAUACAAUAAAAGGAAUCAUAAAAGCAUUAUACUUCAUACAUCAAACGAAAACCCAAUAAAAACACAUAGAUCAUUAUGCGAAUGCGAAUUAUAUUCACCUACGAACUAUGAUAGUGAUCCCGAAAUGAAAAGGGUAAUGCAACAAUUUCAUGAUCGUACAACACAACGAUUUCACGAAUACGACGAAAGGAUGAAAACUACACGCCAAGAAUGUAAAGAACAAUGCGAUAAAGAAAUACAAAAAAUUAUUUUAAAAGACAGAUUAGAAAAAGAAUUAAUGGACAAAUUUGCCACACUACACACAGAUAUACAAAGUGAUGCUAUUCCAACAUGUGUUUGCGAAAAGUCGUUAGCAGAUAAAACAGAAAAAUUUUGUCUGAACUGUGGGGUGCAACUAGGAGGUGGUGUGUUGCAAGCUUCGGGUUUAUUAGGAGGAAUUGGUCAACUUGGGCUAGAUGCAUGGAAAGCAGCCGCGUUGGUAACUGCUAAGGAACUUGCCGAAAAAGCCGGUGCUGCAGCAGGUCUUAAAGCAGGUGAUAUCCAUGGUAUGAAAAUAGUUAUUGAAGGAUUAAAAGCAUUGAAAGUAGAUACAUUAAAAUCUGGAAUAUUUAAUUCCUUUGUUAAUAACAGCCAUUAUACUGAAGUCACAGGGCUUGCUAUUGCUAUUGAUACUGAAAUGAAUGAGGUGUGUUCAGCGACGUAUAUUGGUAUUCAUCCUAUCUGCGUUGUUCGUGAGAAAUUAGGUGUAAUACCAAAGGCUGGUGGAACAAUGGUUAAACAGAAAGAUGCUAUAACAAAUGUGUUAAAGCAAGCUCUUGAAAAAGCUACACAAAGUGCUGAAGCACUUUCUGAGACUACUGCUGAAGACGUUGCUGCUAAACUCACAGCUCAAAAGACGGGUGCGAUAAAUACUAUAUUUAUGAGUAAUCAGACUGCUAUUAUUGCUUCCAUCGUUGCAAUAGUAGUUAUAGUUUUAAUUAUGGUGAUAAUAUAUUUAAUUUUACGUUAUCGACGAAAAAAAAAAAUGAAGAAAAAACUCCAAUAUAUCAAAUUAUUAGAAGAAUAG